AUGUCAGAAGAAAAAACUACCUCGAUUAAAAUUGAACCACUAGAAUAUUCAGCAGAAGAUCCUCAAAAUGAAGAGGAUAUUAAGUCUGAAUCUUGUUCAGAGAAUGGAGAAACAUGUCUGGAAAGAUUUAUGAAUUCUAAAAUAACUGUAGAGGAAGAAAUCAAACAGGAAUUAAUGCAGGCUCCUAUAAACCCUUUCGUAUGCACAAUAUGUGAUAAUGCAUUUGCUUUAAGACACCAUUUAGAUCGACAUAUUAUUGCUCAUAACAGAGAACUGCCAAUUCAUGCCGGAGAACUUCUUUUGAAGUGCAAAAUAUGCAACAGAGACUUCCAUUCAUCAAAAGGUUUGAAACGACAUAUGUACACUCAUACAACAUAUUGCUCAUAA